AACUGGAUUGACGUUCGACGUGAACAUGUUCCGGGCUUCUCGGCUACAAGCUUAGUGGUGGCGUCCGUCUUGCCGUCAGACUGGACCUCGCUGAACAACGGAACACCGACACAAGCGCCUUGACUCCGGGAACUCGUCGGAACCAAACCCCGCUGUUUUGAAACUCCAUUUUUUUUUUUUUUUUUUUUCUUUAUUGUCGUUUGCGCUAAUGCUAACUACGCUAGCUAGUAUAGCAGGUGAACUUGCCCCCUUCCCGCUUUGACCCGAUACUCGUCGCGCGACUCUUCAUUUACACCCAGCCGUAGAUAACAAACUACAUUCGGACUCUUUCAGUGUCUCUCUCGGUUGGGUUUGGCCGUGUCGGGCCUUCUUUUGGGCUUGUUGCCGGCUUGUGGCGUUCGAGGUCACCCGCGCACUCCGGCUCUUUAUCAAACCUCCUGGUGGGAAUGAAGAGCCUGCCGUAUUUCUGUCGGGGAGAGGUCAACCGAGGCUUCGGGAGAGGCAGCAAAGAACUGGGGAUUCCGACAGCCAACUUCCCCGACUGCGUGGUGGAGCAACUCCCGGCCGACAUCAGCACGGGCAUCUACUACGGCUGGGCCUGCGUGGGCAACGGCGACGUACACAAGAUGGUGAUGAGCAUCGGCUGGAACCCGUACUACAAGAACACCAAGAAGUCAAUGGAGACUCAUGUGAUCCACAAGUUCAAAGAGGACUUCUACGGCGACACCCUCAGCGUGGUCAUGGUGGGAUAUAUCCGUCCGGAGAGAAGCUACGAAUCGCUCGAGGCGCUGAUCGCUGCCAUCAACAGCGACAUCGCCGAAGCCAAGGUCCAGCUGGAGCGGCCCGAGCACAUCAAGCUGCGGGACGACAACUUUUUCACUAGCCAUUCCUCUUCCUCCUCCUCCUCCUCUUCUUCUUCGGGGGCCUCCUCCUCUUCCUCACAGACGAUCGUCAACGGACACUGACGCCAAGCGCAGGAGACGGCCUCACUGCGGCCAUGGUGACCCCUGGGUGAAACGUCAUCCUUUAUUUUGUUUUGUAUUGUUUCGGUCGAACCGUCUUCAUACUCUCACACACACACACACACACACACGUUUCCAAGUACACACGCUAACACACAUACAGUAAGCCAGUUUGUGUGUGUCACAUGACACCAAAAGAUUGAAAUGCCACAAGCAGGCCGACACUGCGUUUUUACUUCAUUCAUUUGUUUUUCAAAAUAAUACCGAGUCUAGUCUAAUGGUGGGCGUUCAAAGGGUACUGUUUUACUCGUCAUCCGUUUUGUUUGGGCCUUAUUGUCGAACAUUUAAAUUAUUACAACAAUCGUCUUGUCAAAUUACCACUUUUCAUGUCACAUUUUGUUAUUUAUUAGUAUGAAAUACAAAUGUUACAACUUUAUUCUUGUAAAACUGCAAAUUUAGUUUCACUCUAUUCCUUUUUUUUUGUCAUAAAACACAUUUAGGCAUAAAAUGACCAAUGUGUUCUCGUAAAGUCUUUCACUGACGACUUCUGAAAAUAUGACAUUGGAUUUUUUCUUCAAACUACGACUCUAUUAACAAAAAUGACCUUUUUUCGCACAGUUACUUAAUGACAACUUUUUUUCAUGAAACUGGAGCUUUUGUAAAAUUACAUUUUCCUCCCCAUACAACUCUUUAUGUAAAAAUUACAGAUUUCUUUUGUACUGUAUGAAUAUAUUGACUUAUGUUUUUGCUUGCAAAGCUAAAUAUCUUCCAUGCCCUCCUCCCAAAAAUGUUACUUUGUAAAGUUAAAUGCAAAACAAAACAAAUUCACAUCUAUUAAUGACUUUUGUUCUUUUUCGCAUAAAAAUUUAAAUGGUUUCUCUCACAUUUUUUUCCCCUCAUGUACAAAAUUACAGUGGUUCCACGCAUACUCACGAUUCGGCACAUGUGGACUCACCUAUGCUCAGAUUUUUUUUUCAAUUAUUUUUUUUCGGGGUGGAAACUGACUCCAAAAAUGCCUGUUGGUGGAUCAUCUCUGCUUCAAGAUUUACUUGGGUUAAUGUUUUAUUUCUUUUCCUACUGCAAUUAUAAUCGGCGUCAGUUAUCUGUGGAUUUUUGCUAUUCACGGUCUAACUUUUCACAGUUUGAUUUUCACUCUCCCCACAUAUUUUGUUGUGUAACAUUAAAACUGUUCGCUUAAUUGCUUUCUUCAUAUUUUUUUUCUGCACAAAAAUUUAUUU